GCCUCUCCGCGUGCCAUGAGCCCGACCGACACGAAACGCGCUGGGACGAAGCGCAGGAAGAACAGAAGGGGAAGCGGCCCAGGCCCUGCGAGUCCAGCAGGCGGCCUGCAAGUCAAGUCUGCCGGGCCGGCUUCCUCGGCCGCCGUCUCUUUCUCCUCGCCGUCCACUUCCUCUGUGGCCUCCGCUGCUGCGGCUGCCCCCUUAAUUUCCAGUGAGAGCAUGGGGAAGAGCGAGGUCCCCAAAAAGCGCUGUGGAGGAACAGUUAACUCUAGGCAAACGCGCAAGCAAAGUCGGAUGGCCGCCUCGGCUGUGGAAGUGGCUUCGCAGGUGGAGCCGAUCGACCUUGAAGAAAGUGCUUGUGAAGAAGUGGUGGACCUCACUUGUGAGUCGUCAGAACCGGUAGUAGUUGACCUUACACACAACGAUUCGGUGGUGGUGGUGGAAGAGCAUGUGCGGCGGCAGCGAAAUCGAAUAUUGAGACGCCAGCAGCUUCCCGACAGCUGUGUAUUAAGUAGUGAUGAUGAUGAACCAAGAGACAAUGAUGUUGUGCUAACUAGUACCUUGUCAAGAGAAUUGGAAUUGCUGGAAGAUGGAGUUACAGGCUCGAGGCGUUCCGGUACUGUGAGCUGCCCAAUUUGCAUGGAUGGCUACUCUGAAAUUGUACAGAGUGGACGGCUCAUUGUGUCAACCAAGUGCGGUCACGUCUUCUGCAGUCAGUGUCUCCGUGAUGCUCUAAGGAAUGCCAACUCUUGUCCAACUUGUAGGAAGAAACUUGGUUGCAAGCAAUAUCACCCAAUUUAUAUAUGAAGUUUCAGAUUAUUCUCAGAAGAGUUCAGAUUGUACUUCUGAGGGAUAUUUCGU